CUGGUGUGCUUAUGUGAGGUGGGCGUGACGCUAGGCGGUAGCGGCAACGACAACGGCGACCGAAGCGCAGCCAAAGUGAAAUGCAAAGAAAGACGGGAUUAAAUACAGUGAAAUAAAAGCAUUGCAAAAGCUGCCAGUAUUGUUAUUGCAAUAUUGCAUGUUCUUUCUCUUUUGUGUUUCUAGCUAAAGGCCAACAAAAUCGCAAGUUGCGCUUGUAUGCGAGCUUGUAUGUGUGUCCGAACGUGUGUAAAUGUGUAGUGUGUAGAAAGAGUAAAGCAGAAGCGGCAAUAACAACGACACUAACCACAGCGAGAGAGCGCAACUCUGUUUCUGCCUGCAGAUGUGGAAAUAACUAGCCGAAAAAAUAUAAUAAGAAAGCAAUAAGACAACGAAAACUGCCUUGCUGGCUUUACGGAUUUACCAUCGUCGGCGACGUUGUUACGAAAAAAACAACAAAAUAAGAAAAGCAUGGAAGUUCAAACGGUAAACAAUCUGCACAGCACCGCAGCUCUGUUGUCCUCGCUGCAAGGCAGCAACAGCGCCAGUCCGAAUGCAACACCCAAGAAGAGCGCCGCCGCCGCCAAUGCCGGCUCCGCUUCGUCCCAGAAUUCCGCAACAGAAGUCGCCAUCCUCGAGCAGCUCACCAAGAAGCAACAGCAACAAAAACAACAACAACAACAACAACUUGAUGAACAGAAUCGUGACUGUGACAGUCCGGCCAGCUCCAAUUCGGAACUGGAAAAGGAUUUCCUUGAGCUGCGCGAUCUGAACGGCUCCCUCACAGGCAGCGGCAGCGUUGGCAAAUCGAAUGGCUCGCUUAGCGGCGCCUCGUCAACCAAUUCAGCGCCGCCGGGCGCUAGUGCACGCAAUGGCGGCGGAGGCGGCGGCGAUUGUGUCGGCAACAUCAGCGCCAGUGAGGCUGCAACGAAUGGCAGUGCCGCCCUGCCGGCGGGUGCAGCUGGCGCGGCACAGUUCAAGAAACGCAUCUCAAGCAGCCGCACGCCCACACGCAAGGCGCAUCGCAUCAAGUUCUAUCGGAACGGCGAUCGCUUCUAUCCGGGCAUCACCAUACCCGUUUCCAAUGAGCGCUAUCGUUCCUUUGAGAGCCUCUACGAGGAUCUGACGCGUCUGCUCGAGGAGAAUGUCAAGAUACCAGGCGCCGUGCGCGCCAUCUACAAUAUGGGCGGUAAAAAGAUCACUGCAUUGGACGAGCUGGAGGAUGGCCAGAGCUAUGUUUGUUCCUGCAACAAUGAGAACUUCAAGAAGGUGGAAUACAAUACCAGCUCACAGCCCUUGGCCAAUUUGACGCUGGCGAACAACAGUCGCUCCACGAAUCACCGCUUGGCCAAGCUGCAGCGUCCCGCCUCGCCGCUAAAGAACGGCGCCCUGAUCAGCAGCACCGGCAGCAACAAUGCGCCGUCGUCCAAUGGCGGCGGACCUGGCGCCACCAAUGGCAGUCCGCUGAACAGCUCACGUUUCAGCGAACGGAAUAGUGUGGUGCAUCCGCGCAUCGUGACUCUGAUCAGGAACGGCACCAAGCCGCGUCGGAUAAUGCGGCUGCUCUUGAAUAAGCGCAACAGUCCCAGCUUCGAGCAUGUGCUAACCGCCAUCACCCAGGUGGUGCGACUGGAUACGGGCUAUGUGCGCAAGGUGUUCACCUUGUCGGGCACAUCGGUGGCAACGCUGGCGGAUUUCUUUGGGCCGGAGGAUGUGUUCUUCGCCUAUGGCACCGAGCGUGUGAAUACCGCCGAGGACUUUAAGCUGGAAGCCGAUGAGCAGCGGGCCAUCAAUGCCAUACGAAAGACACUGCGCACAGCGGGCACCACAUGCAAGGGACCCAAGCCCAAGAUGCCGGUCAAGGACAAAAAAGUUUAUUCGAGCGAGGCGGCACGAGCACGCGAAGCGGGCGCAUCGGCCGCCACACAGGAGGACGAGCAAGCGGCGCUACUUAAGGAAACGGGCGUUGAAAUUGGCGAUCUGCCCGCCGCCAUAAGAGAUAAUUAUACGCUGGACAAGAUGAUCGGCGAUGGCAACUUUGCCGUUGUGCUUAGGAUCAAAGAUCGACAGACGGGCCUGCCCUAUGCCCUCAAGAUCAUUGACAAAAGCAAGUGCAAGGGCAAAGAGCACUACAUCGACGCCGAGGUGCGUGUCAUGAAGAAGCUCGAGCAUCCGCAUAUCAUAUCGCUCAUCAUGGAUGUCGAUCAAGUAAUAAACAUGUACCUGGUCCUCGAGUAUGUCAGUGGUGGGGAUCUUUUCGAUGCUAUCACACAGGUCACACGCUUUUCGGAAAGCCAAUCACGCAUUAUGAUCCGACAUUUGGGCUCGGCCAUGUCUUAUUUACAUUCCAUGAGCAUUGUGCAUAGGGAUAUAAAGCCCGAAAAUCUACUGGUGGAACUAGACGAAUAUGGCAAUGUUGUGCAACUGAAACUGGCCGACUUUGGCUUGGCCUGUGAGGUAACCGAGCCGCUGUUUGCUGUAUGCGGCACGCCCACCUAUGUAGCGCCCGAAAUAUUGCUGGAAGUGGGCUACGGCCUAAAGAUUGACGUUUGGGCAGCUGGCAUCAUAUUGUAUAUAUUGCUCUGCGGUUUUCCGCCAUUUGUUGCGCCUGAUAACCAGCAGGAGCCGCUGUUUGAUGCCAUCAUCUCGGGCGUAUAUGAAUUUCCCGAUCCCUACUGGUCGGACAUCGGUGAUGGUGUGCGCGAUUUAAUCGCCAAUAUGCUGCAGUCAGAUCCGGAUGUGCGUUUCACCAGCGAAGAUAUCCUCGAUCAUUAUUGGACAAUGGGCAGUGAUGAUAAUGGUUGCGGCGGCGAGUUUAGUAGAUGAAUCAUGGCCGUUUGGGGUGUGUAAGCAAUCUCGUUACACCUCGGAAACCGUCAUUUAGUAGUUUUUGUAUUAUGUAAUUUAGCGCUAUUCUAUAGGCCUUAAUUUAUUAUUUAUACAUAUUAACACAUAAACUACACACAUUGCCGUUAAGAAAAAAUAACAACAA